AUGACCGUGAAGGAUGAAUCCGCUUCUUCGAGUAACAUUAUGUAUCCAGAGGGAAUAAUGGCAGUAGAGUAUGAGUUCCUCAAGGAGCAUCAUGAGACUCUGGAGAAAGAUUACCAAAGGAUUCAGGACAACAUUAAGCAUGUUGUUGAAACUUCUGAGAUCUGGAAGGAUUACAUUCAGAGCAGAACUGAGGAACUCGGGGUGGUGACAAGUAAACUUAUGCUCGAUGAAUGCGAGAGAGAGAGAGAAGCGAGAAGAAGAAAAUGCUUGAGGGAAAAAAAAAAAAAAAAAAAAAUGCUUGAGGAGAUGAUGGCAACGGUGAGUCAGAGAAAGGCUAAAAUCGAUAAAUUGAUUAAGACAAGGUGCCAGAACAAGUCAAUGUGA